CUUUAUUCUUCGCAGAAAAAAAAAGUUGGCUGUAACCAAGUACCGAGUCGUUUAUUUCUCUUUAGCAUAUAUUCUUUCCUUCGACUAUCUCUACGUGGGAGCCUGUUUCGUUUGCAUAUAGUUUUGGUUUUCAUGCCCAACGUUGAAUGGAGUAACCAAUGACCGUUGAAGACCAUGUUGCUCAUCAGGGUGACGGCCCCACAUCAUCGGGAGUGGCUGUUUUCUUUCCAUUUCCCAUUGCGAGUCAAAGUUUACGUACAGCCAAGGAAUGGUACAGUUACCCAGGUCGCGGUGUUGUGGCCGUUGGCAUCCACCAUCCGUCGCUGCACUUGGCCAUCCCCGCUACGUCCUCACCAUCCAUAGUUCUUCGAAAAACAUACUCUGCACCACCCACCUUUGGCGUAUCCGACCGUGCAACUACCCCACCUCCUGGUAUCAGAGACCCACAUCCAGUCACCCUUCCAUCCAGCAGGUCCGAGCAUUCACUCCUGGACAAUGGCCUUUCCUCUUCCACCGACCGUCUUUGUUCACCAAAAAAUGAACCAACCGACUUGCUGCCACGUCGUUUUGACAAAUCAAUUGCAGCCGAGGCUCCAAAGGCUCAAUGUGCAGAACCACCCGAGUUACCGGAUGCAGUACCAGUCUUGGAUGACAGUGACGACGCAGCUGGCAUGGUGACCGAACCGUUGCUUUGCUCUCCUCAGACUCCAGACGACCAACAUGACAUUGCUGCAACUGCUAAAUUUACCAAUGAUACCACAUGCUUACACAUCGCGACGUCUUCUGAUGUAUCCCCAUUGACUGAUAUAGCAAGUCGUCUUACCACUGUGUACGAGUCAAGCGAAGAAAAGGGAAUCACAGAGGAACCGAUAGUUACCACAGAUGAUGUAAAGCAAGAAGAAAAAAACACAAACCUGCCGAUCCAGCAAGAAAAUGCACAAAUACCAACUGAUACUCUGACGCCAGAAGAAAAGGAACCUGAGGAACCUGUCACUUUUUCGCAACCAGACGCAGCGACAUCAACUGAUGCUGUCACGCCAGCUCCAGUGAUUCCCCAAGAAAGUAAUGUCGUAAACACAGCAACACCGACGGAUACUGUCAUGCCAUCUCCAUUGAUCUCAAAAGAAAUUAAAAUGGACGCUCUCUUGCCACAAAAUCAGACAGCUUCCAAGGAUGCCCUCAUGUCGAUGCCAACCGAGCAAAAGAAGGCUGUCGAUUUUCCGCAACAGGAAGUGCGCAGCGUGUCAAUUGCGGCGGCGAAUAGCACAGAUCGAGUAUCGGAUAAAGUCGAUUCACUACGAGAGGAUGGUCCAGGAAUAGUACAGCAAGAGACAACCGAGCAAGUGUCAUACAAAAUCGAAUGCAAACGUGAUCCUUCUUCUCCAAACAAUGCCGACAAUGCAGCAGCAGCAGCGGUGGCGGCAUGUGACACGACCGAAAAGGUAAAGAAUGAAAUUGAACUUGCGGGCGACGCGACGGAGAGGGUGGAGGAUCCAGGGAUGCAUUCCUUUUUCACACAGCGAAACGGAUUGUCCAAUUCCAUUUUCGAUCCCACCACCAUUGGUUUACCAUCUGAAGUGAAAAAUCGGGACCGUUCACAGGACUAUCAAGACGACCAGUCACGCCAAAUGAGGAGCCACGAUCGAAUCACCACAGCGCGUACGCCUUCAUCGCCCUCGUCUUCCAGUCCCCCUAAAAGACCCUCUCGAUUGCCUAUACGCAAAUCGAGUUCUAUCUCUCUGAUUCCUCAAACUGGCGUGGCUAAGGCAGAAGGAAGCUCUCCGUUAACGGCUUCACCGAUACCCCCUUCUUGUUCCGCCAGCGCGACAUUGCCCAUGAAAGGAUCUGCUUCGGCCCAUGGCGAUACCAAAGGUGAUGGCAAGAUCCCUCUUGUGCGCGGUAAACUGGCCGGUCACAAUGCGGUGCGCAAGACGAAUGCAAGUGCUUCUGGGAUUCCACGCAUGACGGGUCACGGUACGACGACCAAGACGACCAAGACGGCGAAAGCGACAAAAAGUACUCCUGUGACGUCCAUGUCCAAACCAGCAAGUGCCAAACCCCAUGGUCCCCUCAGCCAGAAGGUAGGGAUGAAGCCAACUGAGACUAAACACGAAGAAGAUGAAGAUGAACCUCCUAGAAAAUUAUCCAUCAAAGAGAAACGGGCACGUCAAGCGAAACGAGCUGAACAACUGAAAUUUUGGCGUGUGAGAGAAGAACGGGAAGCUCGACAAGCCCGUUCGGCCGCUCGACAACGCUCCAUAGCCACGGCUAGCGAUCCCUACAAAUCAGAAACCGAAUUACCGUCGUCUACGUCUACGUCUUCGUCUACUUCCAGACGAGGCGUCACUUUCAAUCUUAAACGCAAUCGUAUCAUAGAAAUCGCACAUCCUGUUCCCAAUAAUCCAUCAUCCUCCAAUGCAGCAUCAUAAAAAGCAACCUAAUAAAAUUGAAGAAUACCAAUGCACA